AUGUCCGCUUCGCUUGCUCCCGAGUGCAAUGAGGUCAAGGAACGAUAUGACACCUGUUUUUUGAAAUGGUACAGCGAGAAGUACCUCCGGGGACAGGAAAAGGACAACAAAGAAUGCGCCAAUCUCUUCAAGGACUAUCAACAAUGUCUGAAGGGUGCUCUAAAGGAGCGAGGGAUCGAUAAGCUGGUGGCGGAGGCCCGGGAAGAGAACAAGGAGAACGAUUUGAAGCAUCUUGGGUCCAAAAGUUUGUCCCCGUCCCAUUAUUUUAUACUGACCGAAGAAUAUUGA